CUCUCUCCUAUCCAUUCCUUCACCACAUAUUUCAUUUCCCCUAAAACAAAAAACUACCUUGCUCUCAUUUUGUACAACAUGUGACAUGUCCCCAUGGAAUUAAAAGACCAAAAAAUAAAAAAGCAAACGAAAAAGACUGAAAUUAGAAAUUCAGAAAACCAAAAAAAGAAAAGGCCCCAAGAGAGAGAAAAAUGCAGAACUUCGACCUUCCCGAGGAAGUGCUCCAAGUUCUGCCGCCCGAUCCUUUCGACCAGCUCGACGUGGCCCGCAAGAUCACCUCCAUUGCCCUCGCGACACGUGUCUCCUCCUUGGAAUCCGACGCCGACGCCCUCCACUCCCAGCUCGCCGACAAGGACACCCUCAUCGCCGACCUCCGCGCCCAGCUCGCCUCCCUCUCAGACGCCGCCGACAAGCUCGCCCUCGCCGAGCAGCAGAAGGAGGAGCUGGUGAAGGAGAAGAACUACCUGUCCAAUACUGUGAGGAAGCUCAACAGAGAUGUCUCCAAGCUGGAGGUGUUCAGGAAGACGCUUAUGCGUUCGCUGCAGGAGGAGGACGACACCGGAGGAGCUCCGGGAGUGGUGGCGAAGCCGACGGAGCAAUCUGACGACGGCUUAACUUCUCAGUCCCAGACUGGACCUGCAGAAUAUGAUGCUACAUUGCCACCUUCGAGGACAUCUUCAGUCCAGAGCCAAUUCUCCGAUGCAGCAAGCACAUAUAUCGAUGAUCGCGACACAAAUGUUGCAAUGCCGGCCCCAAGAGCUCCUCGCAUAUCACCUGGCCUACUGUUAGCAUCCCAAACUAGCACACCGCGGCUUACUCCCCCUGGUUCUCCUCCUGUCUAUUCGGCAUCCACAUCCCCGACGAGGACUUCAAAGCCGGUUUCCCCAAAGCGGCAUUCCAUGUCAUUUGCUACCUCAAGAGGCAUGUUUGAUGAUAGAUCUUCAGCGCCCUCAAGCCAUCAUGGCUCCAUGUCUGGCUCUGAAUAUGGAAGGACUCGAGUGGAUGGAAAAGAAUUUUUCCGCCAAGUCAGGAGUCGUUUGUCUUAUGAGCAGUUUGGUGCAUUUUUGGCAAAUGUUAAGGAACUAAAUGCCCACAAGCAAACAAAAGAGGAGACUCUGCAUAAAGCCGAUGAGAUAUUUGGCCCAGACAAUAAGGAUCUGUAUGCUAUAUUUGAAGGAUUGAUCAGUCGUAAUGUCCAUUGACAUGGCAGUCGAGGUCUGUAAGCUUCAGUUUCACUACUUCCAUCUGUUUCUGAUGUAAAUUAUAAAUCUCUACUAAAACCAAUUCUUUGAACCCCUUUAACUGUAUGAGUAGUAACUUUUGCGAGAAUGUUGGAAAAUGACUUGUUCCGACUUCUUAAAGGCUUGUGAAUGGAGGAUAGGUAACACAACACCUUAAAUA